CCUGUUAGUUACCGUUCCUAUUGUUGUUUAAGUUACGUUGGUUUUGUGCAAAGUUAUAGUGUUUAUCGUCCUGGUGUUGUUGUGAACAAUUUGCGCUUGCGCUCGUAAGAACUUUGUGUCAGUUGUAACCAGCGAAGGUGUAAGGACGGAGAACGACAGUGUUUUUAUUUGUUUUCAAGGGGAAUUUGUGAUUUGUUUAAGUUUCACAUAGUAAUUUGUUCGAAUGCAGAUAAGUAAUUGCACGCGGACUUAACUAAGCGUGGGUUCAGGGUGUUGACCUUUCGAUUUGUCGGUGAACUAGUGAACUAUCAAGGACGGACAUUGCACAAGGUUUAGUGUGUUUACAGCAGUGGUAUUAGUGUAGUGUUUCGUACGCUGGAAGGAAAGUUCAUCGAUGAACAGUUCGGUGCCGUAGCAAGUUCUUCGAUAAGGAUAGAAGCAGCCAUUGCAACUAACCCACGGUGAUUAGGCAGGAACGGCGGUAGUGGCAAUUUUUGAAGCUUUAUCCGUGAAGUGUGAAACAAGCUUGCUUGCAGAGAUUGAUGUUGUGCCGAUAGCAAGGUUCAAAUUAUAGAAUUCAGUGUGUGGUCAACACGUGGCUUGAUAGUGGUAUUAGUGCGAAAGAACUAAGUACGUUAACCUUACAACGCAACGCGUCAGAGUGAACAGCUUUGAGAGUACGACAGGGUUCAUCAGUGAAGGAAGUGAAAAAUAUUUAAAAUGCCUGCAGGGGACAAGCAACAGAAACAAUUACAGCAGCUGCAGCGCUUAUAUCGCGAUAGUUUGCGUAGCAUUGACAUUUACGAAGAGUUUGUGAACAAUUACGAUCCAGCCAGAGAUAGUGACCAGGUCCCAGUGCAAUUAGAACAGUUAGAGGAAGUGAAAAAUGCAUUUACAGAUGCUCGAGCACAGUUACUCAUCGAAGAGUCAAGCGUCGAAGACGAAAUGUGGAAUGAUCAAAGGACAUUCAUGACAAAAUAUAUGAAGGUGAAGGGUUUUUUGUGCGCACAACAACGAGUAGAUGCAACAAAUCUUGUGGCUAGCAGUACGUUUCAAACAUCAGUGACGCAUACACCAUUACGACUUCCCGAAAUCAAUCUGCCUUCAUUCGACGGCGAUGCAACGAAAUGGCUCACUUUUAAAGAUCGUUUUACCUCUAUGGUUCAUGAAGUGAUAGAACUCCCAGAUGUAACAAAACUGCAGUAUCUGUUGACGGCGUUGAAGGGAAGUGCAGCAACACCAUACGAUCAUACGCAGUUAGUAGCAGAAAACUACGAGUCAACAUGGAAAUCAUUGCUACAGCGUUUUGAUGAUUCUAAGAGAAUAAAACGAGAAUAUUUCAAGGCACUUUACCAACUGGAGUCUAUGAACGGGUCAAGCGCUGAGGAGUUGGCACGUCUUGUAAAUGAGACCAGGCGGCUGGUACGAGGGAUGGAGAGGUUGAAUGAGCCGGUAAAUCAAUGGGACACUCCGCUUACAAGUUUGAUUCUCUACAAGCUAGAUUCUGCUUCUUUGAUGGCCUGGGAACAAUAUUCUGCCGAUCAUGAGGCAGACACGUAUAAACGUAUGAUUGAGUUCUGCGAGAAACGAGUGAAAAUACUAAGUAGCUGCACCACACACACAACGAACGCUGUAGACACAAGGCCGGCAAGGGUGGUCGGCAGUUCAUCACCACGUAGUUAUGCAGCAGCGCGUCAGAAGAAAGAAAGUGCGACCUUUUUAGCAAGUGCAGCACAAACUCCCAAGGCAGCCUCUAAUACCUGUCCGGUCUGCAAGGCUGAUCAUAAUGUGGCGAAGGGAGCUGCGAACGAGCUACACCGCCUAUACGAGCUGCUCAAUUCUCCUGAUGACCGAAGGGAGAGCUCAUCUUGGUGUGCCGAGAACCAGAUAUCGUGGAAGUUCAUCCCACCCCGGACUCCACAUUUUGGCGGAUUGUGGGAGGCUGCAGUGCGUUCUAUGAAGCACCAUUUGAUUCGCGUCAUCGGAAAUGCGUCAAUGUCUUAUGAAGACAUGACAACGUUGCUAUCGGAAAUCCAGAAGUACUCACCCCUGGACACUUCCUAA